CGAGUAGAGACGCAUCUGAUUAGCAACCGACGGAUUUUAUUCUCUGACAAUGCCACCCAAGACAAGUGGUAAAGCCGCAAAGAAGGCCGGAAAGGCACAAAAGAAUAUUACGAAGGGCGACAAGAAGAAGAAACGCAGGAGGAAGGAAAGUUACGCAAUCUACAUUUACAAGGUCCUCAAACAAGUCCACCCGGACACUGGUAUCUCCAGUAAAGCGAUGAGCAUCAUGAACAGCUUCGUCAACGACAUAUUUGAACGGAUUGCCGCCGAAUCAUCUCGACUUGCCCACUACAACAAGCGGUCGACCAUCACAUCUCGGGAAAUUCAAACUGCAGUUAGGUUAUUGCUACCUGGAGAACUUGCCAAGCACGCUGUUUCUGAAGGCACCAAAGCCGUGACGAAAUACACAAGUUCUAAGUGAGCUCCAUCCACAAAUUUCAACAAAAAAAAUCAAACGGCCCUUUUCAGGGCCAC